AUGAACUGUUAAGAAUAUAUUCGCUAUUCUGAUAUUUUAGAUGGAAAGUAUGAAAUUGAUCAAUUGGAAUCUAUUCAUAGAACAGAGAAGUAUCGAUCAACAAGUUCAGUCUAAACAAAUCAUUAUAAAGACUUAAUAUAAGACUUAAUACAAGUAUGAUAUUAUUAUCAAUAAGGCUCAAAGUAGAUGUGCUGAUAAUAUUAAUCAACUAGGUUAUAUGUUAAAUCAAUAAUCAAGUAAGAGACAUACUUAAUCUGAUUUUUCAACUCCUAAACUUAAUAUGUCUUAAGUCUCUCAGAUUUCACAAAUAUAAACACCAAAUAAGCCUAUACAAAGUACUCCUGCUUCACCUUAAUUAUUAAAUCAAUUAAACAAUGAGUAUUCAUUUUUAUUAAGGUUUAAGUAAUCUGUUGGAUCAAAUUGAUAAAUUAAUUAAGAUUAGAAAAUUGGAUUAAUCUAUACUCUUAAGAAUUAUUAGAAAACAUAUGAAUGAUUGUCCAUAUUUUGUAUAAUUAGUCAAACAAGAAUUUCGUAAUAGUAUUAAUAGUUUAUAGUGA